AUGAACAUUCUUAGGAGGCACAAUGUUUGUGUUGGUUCUGAUGGUAAAGGAGAAUUUGCAGGAGGAUUAGAUGAGGGUGGUGGUGUCCUAGCCGGUGGAUUAGAAGAUGGAAGUGGUGAUGAACUAGAAGGUGGAUUAGACAGAGGUGAUGGGGAAUUAGGAGGUGGACUGGGUGAAGGUGGUGGUGGCAAGCUAGCUGGAGGAUCAGAUGGUGGAGGCGGCAAACUCUUUGGUGGAGUUGAUGAUGGAGGUGGAGGAGAACUUGGAGGAGGAUUUGGCGGUGGAGAAUUAGAGGAUGGGAGUGGCACUGGCACAAUGUCUGAAGAAAGAGUAGAUUGA